AUGGCAGAGCUCCACAUUAUCGGGCAGAUAAUAGGAGCGAGCGGGUUCCCGCAGAACAGCCUGUUUUGUAAGUGGGGGGUUCAUGCGGGCGGUGCGUGGAGACUUUUAUCCGGGCUGAAGGAGGGACAGACGCAAGUGGACAACCCUCAAAUCGGUGAAAUGGCAUAUUGGAGCCAUCCCAUUGAUCUGCACUUCACGACUAAAGGACUCCAGGGAUGGCCGAAGAUCCACCUCCAAGUCUGGCACCAGGACUCGUACGGCCGCUGCCAGCUCUUGGGGUACGGGUAUUGCCAUGUCCCGUCUAGCCCGGGACAUCACCGGGUUAGCUGCGUGACCUGGAGACCGGUAGGGACCUGGCAGGAGCAGCUGGCCCACGCGUUUGUCGGCGGGGGUCCACAGCUACGCAGCCCGGACACCAUCUACAGCGGAGCGGACAGAUACAGACUGCACACAGAGGCCAUGGGGACCGUAGACCUGGAGCUGGGGAUAAUCACCAGCAGAUUUGAUAAGUUUGGGGUGGAGAGCUAA